GUUACUUUAAAACGAAAAAAAAUCCUUGUUGAUCACGUCAGCUGUGUUUGGAUUUCAAAUUGUUAUCGAUUAAUAUGCACCAACAUUUGACUUUUGUUGGAAUAAUCCUACUGGGGCCCUUAGUCCGAACUCGUGCUCUUCACAGCUCGGGAAAUUGCACCUUUGCCAACAAUGAACUUCUGAAGUUCGUCUGCAAGAGUACUGUCACCACGGACAUGUACUCCCUGUUCCACGACAACCGGGCUCCUCCCGACACAACCUUCAGCGUGUGGGAGGGCGAGGAGAAGGAGGACGGCGACGCGAUUCUCCUGAUCUCGUUCUACACCACGCAGUUGACGAACUACGAUUCCAUCUCGCUGCAAGGAUCAGUGGGAGGCUGGGAUAAGCACUUCUUCCUGGUGAACUAUGGGAACCUAAGCAACGUCCCUCUGUUCAUCAUUCCGUCUACCAUUCAUUGCUUUUCCUUCAGUCUGCGCUAUCCGAAAGAGCUGAAAAGGCAUUGCCUUGGCUACGGCAUCGCCACUGAUGGAGGUGAUGUGGCCAAGAAGCCGAUCCUCCACUAUGGCUCCCUUUCGUUCAAAAAACCCGUGGUGACGGCUGGUGGUGCAAGUGCAUCAGGUCCGGUUGGAGCCCUGCUGUUCGUCGUGUUCGCUGUGAUCAUUCAUUGAUUUUGUACCAGCCAAUGUGUUCCUCUUUUCGGAGUGAUUAAACAACCAAAUUAUAAGUU